AUGAACAAUAGCAACCAGGCGGCACGCUACGGUGGGGCGCUUCCACCGGGGGUUCAGAUGGCGUACCCCGCGGCGGCGGCGCCGAACCCGUACCAGGCGAUGCGUGGGGCCUACCCCGUCGCCACAACGGCGUUCGUGGCGCAGCAGCAACAAAUCAUGGCCCAACAGCAGCCGCAUCAGCCGUAUCCGGCAGCCGCCGCCCCCGUCCACCACCAGCAACCGCAGCAGCAGCAGCAGCAGGGCCAGCAACAGCAACAACAACAACAACAACAGCCGCGGGGGCGCGUGGCGCUGGAGGGGCCGUAUGGUCUUUUGGCCCUCCCCGGCCUCAUUCAGCACUCGCUGAACCUGGAAAACCCAGAGAGUGCGGCCUUUCUCUACCUCACCCGCGGCUUUGACCUCACCUCGCUUGGCAUCAACGUAGCACAGCAGCGUCCGCUGUACCCAACGCUGGCGAGCUUGGCGCUGGAGCGCCCUGAGGUGCCCGUCGCCGCGGAGUACCGCAUCCCCGAUUGCUACAGGCAGGCCAAGCCGCGUCAGCCGACGCUGAAGCUGCUGCAGAAGUACACGGACGAGACGUUGCUGUACAUUUUCUACUCCAUGCCACGCGAUCUUUUGCAGGUGGCCGCCGCCCGGGUUCUGCUGGAGCGGGGCUGGUGGUUUCACAAGGUGCGGCAGCAGUGGAUGCGGCGACGCACCGCCGGCGGGUACGACUUCUUCAACCAAAAUAAAUGGAAGAUGGAGACGGAGGAGAACUACCAGCCAAACCUCGCGGAGGUCGAGAAGGACCUCUCGGACCCUGCCCGUGCGGGACUUAGCGCGGUGGUGUCCGGUGGUGGCGGUGGUGCCGCGCCCUCCACGGCCGCCGCCAGCGCGGUGGAGACCGCCGCCACCACCACCGCCACCACCACCGCCUCAACCUCCGCAGCUGCCACCGGCGCCACGGGGCCGUAA